UGUCUAUGUUUGUGUCACAUGAAUGACCUCUACCAGGCCAGAGUGGGAUGAGCAUGCUGACGAACUGAUCUCGCUGCUACACUCUCAAACCUCUCUGGAGGGAAUAGAUCUGUUGGUGAGCAGCUUGACAGAGAGGUGUGCUGCCAGUGUAGUCAGUCUGAGCCAGGCCUGUUUCAACCUGAAGGACAUAAUCCUUCAAGUAAACGGUUUCUUAUUGGAGGAAGGAAUACAAUGCUUACGUGAAUCGAAGAGGCGCCCAGAUUGCCAGUUACUUCUCUUGGGGAGGAGAUGCACGAAGCUUGCUGACCAGUGCUCUGAGGAGAAGGACAUGAGGCUCAGUUGUAAUGACAACGUUUUACUCGCUCUACAUGGAGAAUCAUUCAUAGAGAUUGUGUUAAGGCAUGGGAAGGAAAGCGGUAUUGAUGACACGUGGAAUGUGAGCGAAAGCGAUAGUGAUGGCACGGGGAAUGGGAACGAAAGCGAUAGUGAUGGCACGGGGAAUGGGAACGAAAGCGAUAGUGAUGGCACGGGGAAUGGAAACGAAAGCGAUAGUGAUGGCACGGGGAAUGGGAACGAUAGUGAUGGCAUGGGGAACGGGAACGAAAACAAUAUGCCUAGAGAUGAUAUAAAGUGUAAAGGGUGUUGUGUUGUUGGAUAGUGACCAUGAUGAAGACAACAGAGAUGGUAUAAGAAAUAUAACAAGAGGACAAAGACAAGAGAUUGUGAGAAAUACAGCAUACAAGAGACGGAGGACAAAGACAACAGUGAAGAUACAUACCUUUGAUCCUGAUACCACUUAGAUUUGGACUGAUACUAACUAUACAUACUGGAAAUGUUUUUGGGGUGGUAAUUUCAAAAUGUAACUUUAGACUUUAGAAAGACUUCAAGAUUAAGCCAAAUGAACUGAACGUAUCUUACCUGUAUUGGAGUCUUUAUGGGAAUGGUUCUCACUAACAAUGUAAUAUGCUGUAUUGUUAAAUAUUAUAUGUACAUUUCUGUGUAUCUCUGUAUAUAUGCACCACUAUACAUGCCAAUGUGAACUUUACCACUGCAGUACUUCCUUCACUGUAUAAUAUUUUACCCCCAUUCAUUUAUUACCACCAUACUUAUGUAUGUUCUUGAUAUUAUUAUUUUUUAAUUAAAUACUUUAUUACAUGUAAUUGUUCAUACUAUAUAUGUUGUGUUUAUACUGUUUGUGUAAAUUAUUAUUUCUACAUUCUGUCUGUUUAUUGAAAGGCAUUGUGUCAGCACCAUUUCACCAGGUCAAAUCCCCGGUACAUGUAAAUGUACUUGGUGAGUAAAGGUGGUUGUGAUUCUGAGAGUUUAAGUGCAGGACACAAGCAGCAUUUCUCUGAACCUCUCGUAUUCCCUGGGUUUCUGCUUGUGUUCCUCUGUGGCUCAGUUGGUAGAGCUUGGAGCUUGCAGUGCCAGGACAGUGGGUUUGAUUCCCAUGACCACCUGAAAA